UAUAUACCUCGCGCCGCGGCGAGCGGCAGAGGGGAAAGGUUUGGACAAAGCCACCGCAUUUCAAUCCCUGUCGCCACUAGCUAGCUCAUUGCAAUUCGCAGCUUCAGAGCCGGCCAAUUAGCAGCGGGAGGAGGAGGAUGUCUCAGAGCGCGUCGAGGUGCGCGGUGGCCGAGCGCCGGCCGUUCACCGAGCCGGUCGAGAUCCCAGCUGCCUCCGGCGCACGGGCCGACGAGCGGGAGGCGUUCUGGGGGGAGGAGGACCAGGCCGGCGAGGUGGUGCCGCCGCACGUGCUGCUGGCGCGGCGCAGGGCGGCCGCGGCCUCCUCGUCGGUGUGCUCCGGGCAGGGCCGGACGCUCAAGGGCCGGGACCUGCGCCGCGUGCGCGACUCCGUCCUGCGGAUGACCGGCUUCAUCGAGAGCUAGCCUCAGCCGGCGGCGCGCGCCCCGCGGCGCCGCGUCGAUCUGCCUCCUCGGUUAGCUUAGCAUUAGCAUCAAUGCAGCAGCGUCCGCCGUCCAGUUCCAUUGGUUCCUUUUGUGGAAUUGAGGCUUAGAAAGAAUUGAUUGAUGUGGCGAGGCAUUUUGCAUUCGUUUGUAAAUUCAUACGAAACGUGAGGUGAAUUCAGUCGUA